AUGAGUUCAUUUAUUCAACAAAAUCCUGAAAAUAAUUCUUCAUUGCCUUUACAAAUACCUCAACAACAAAAUUGUUAUACCCCAACAACUUCUAAAGAAGGAAAUAAUAAUGGAAAAAUUUCAAAUUGUGAUUCUUGGAAAAUUAAUGGAAUGAGAAAUAUUGGAUGGAGAUUUUCGUUAGCAAGUUGUUUUUCUGAGUUGAGAACUUUGGCAGAUGGAUUUUUGUUGGACUUGUCUUGUACAGAAGAAUCAAUGGUAUUCAAAAGACGAGACAAUCGAAAUACUUUCCUUAUCGUAUCAGAAUGUGGUCCACACAAGGAGGGUUUAAAUGUAGAGGAAUGUCGGAAUGGGUGUUUUAGUGAUCAUAGUGAACAGUGGAUUAAAGGCGAUAAACUUCAAUUUAUUCGUGCUAUGCGAACACGAAUUCAUGAAUUUAUGGAGCAACGGAAUCUCUGA